UGGUCACUUAGCACGAAUGCAGACAUUGUUAUCAGGACAAGACAGUUUCCUCUAUGGAGCAAGCAUGCACAACCAGAGAAUAGAAAGCUUUUGGUGUAUUUUGAGAAAGGAGUGUGCUCAGUUCUGGAUGGACACUCUCAGAGCUUUGAAAGACCAAGGUGAUUUCAUUGGUGAUGCCACUGAUACAAAUCUGAUCCAGUUCUGUUUCUCCAACUUGGUGCAGAACGACUUAGACCGCAUUGUGACAGUCUGGAACAGCCAUCGAAUUCGUCCUAGCAAAAAUGAAAACGUUCCACAUGGAAGACCUAUGGUAUUAUAUUCAAUGCCCGAGGUGUUUUCGGUCAGAAACUACAUGAGAGCAGUGAACCAAACAGACGUCGAUAUUUGCAGAACGGAUUGCUUAUUCCGAGAUGAAUUUACUUGUGAUCAGGAAAUGUUUGAACUACUGUUAAUGUACAUGUUGCAAUAUGGACUUGAACCACCAACAAACGCACAAGAAGGAGUAGAUUUGUACCUUACACUGAAACCGCUAGUUCUGCGUGAUUUGUUUGAUGACGCUACUCUGCUUAUGUAGUUUAAAGUUAGUUAUAGUAUUUAAACAUUUACCAGACGACCACAGGACAUACAGUCACUGUAUGUACCUUUAAGGCAGUAUUGGUGGCAUAGUAAUCUCUUGGAAGACACAUAUGUAUUGGAGUUGCACCAGGCAUGCUCAGACACGUGAUCACAGGAUACAUUCAUUCUUAUUGUUAGUCAUAGAGAUACUAUAAAUGAAGGACACGAACGGGCAUCAUUGAUGAUGUCUAUGAUCUCAAACACUACGUUGAUUAUUAAACAAAUUAAUCAACAUACAGAUUGUUUGAAAAGAGGACGCUCGUAUUAAUACACUUUUCUUUUUGACAUAUACACCCUAUAUUCAUCAAUUUAUUGAAUGGUAUUAAUAUUAGUUAUGUUGGUGUGUAUAGCUAUUGUCUGGUCGAUACUCUCACAAAAUGUGAUCUGGUUUGCGCAGUAUGGAAUUAAAACAUGCAUAUUUAGAUGUAAUGGAAUAUAUUUUUUAUUAGUGUUUAACCGAAAGGUCUCUGAUGUGACAUCACCUUCUGAUCAUAUUAAAUGUUCAUUGGUGCAGAUGUAAAUUGAAACUCUUGUCUGGGUUUUUUUUAAUUGCUACUGUAUACCACUGUUACCAUUCUGUUAGCGUUUAGUAAACAGUAUAUUUUAUCAAAUACGUAUUCCUGUGGACAUAUGGAAUAGUCAUUUGGUGCUCUUUACUCAGACGUUUUCUUUCUCGCAGAAAUUGAAGAAGCAUCGGAUGAGCUUUCUUAAUGAUUCUGAAAUAUCUGAAAAUUCAAAUUAUCCACGUAAAAUCAUAUUUAUCGACUCUUCACACCGGCCUCGGUG